CAUGAUCACACAAUUUGUCUCUAAAGCGAGAAAGCGAGCGAGCGAGCCAGCCAUAGACGCGGCCUGUCGUCGUCUAUCUUCAGAGGGAGAGAGAGAUAGAGUGGGAGAGAGGGAAAUAAGCAGGUUGGGGAAGGCUGAAUUGGAGGAGGAGGAGGAGAAGAUGCAGGACUGGGCGCCCGUUUUCAUCUCGUUCGUGCUCUUCAUCCUGCUCUCGCCCGGGCUGAUCUUCCAGAUGCCCGCCAAGUCGCGCUUCGUUGCCCUGGGCAACUUCCAGACCAGCGUCGCCUCCAUCAUCGUCCACACCAUCCUCUUCUUCGCCCUGGACGCCAUCUUCCUCGUGGCCAUCGGCGUCCAGAUCCAGCUCGGCAACUAGGCAGUCACCUAGCUUCGUUCCUCUGAUAACUCGUCCGGUUUCGUAGUACGUGUAUACAUGGAACAUGCACAGAUUUAUGCUGCCUUUUAAUCAACUCAAUUUGCUGCUUAGUUUCAAGGUCUUCCGAGACUAUGAUUCUUAAGGCCUUAAUCUGUGUACGUGCAGUAUGGAAUUUUUUUUUUCUGGUAAUGGCAACUGAUGUUCUUUAAUCUAGUCGUUCUUGGUCAUUU